AUGGCGAUGCAUCUAGGCGCGUCUGGUGAUAUCUUAGGCGGAGUCCCAACUAUCGACGUCCAGGAUCAGACCAUCACCUUUGAACCUCCACCAAACGGUCCGGCUUUUCCAAUCUACAUCCCCGUCAGUGAUGAUAGGCUAUUCGCUCUGGAUAUUGGCACAUUUGAAAUCCUCCGGAAGCCGGAACCCAGUGGACUGUGGGUGUGGGGGCGAGUCACUUAUCCUCCAUUCUCGAUUUCGGAUGUCUCCUCCUACGGCGUGCAACCCGAUGGAUGCAUCCUCGUCAGUACCAAGAGUGGCGUCACCUUCAUCUUCGACACCAAGGAGCAUGUGUGGAAACUAUGCGGUGAUUGGGUGUUCCCCUUCACCGGCCAUGGACACUAUGACCCCGCCCUGGAGGGCUUUGUCGGUCUCUCCAAAGACCUGGCGACCCUUGGGUAUCUCUACUGCUGCACCAUGGCCAGCACCAUGACUGGCGACACUGGCAAAGGAUUGCACCCUUCCCCUGAUUUCAAGUGCACCAAGAAGGUGUACAACGAGGACCCAGCUGAGGGGCAGCAUGUAAGUGCCACCCUUGUGCACAUGCGCCAGGGCAAAUUCUGCCUUGUGGAGUGUGUCUGCACUGAUAACACACCGACUGAUCAGGAUCAGCUCAGGGUGCCGCCGGGGGCUGAUGAAUUGGAUUUUAUGGGAGGCGGGCCCCAAGGCGGUCGCUUUAUGUAUCGUUUGAAGACCUUCUCCCUCAGCUAUGACACAAAAGGAGACCUCAAGCUUAAACACUGA